AUGCCAGAGUCACCAGCCAAGAACCACCCCACCUCCGCGGUCGCAGGCGGUUCUAGUUCCGAGCCCACUCCUGCCAACAAUAAUCAAGGUUGGGGCGACAAGGUCUUCCGAAAGGGAGGCUCGGAUAAUGAGCCUAUCAAUGAAGGCCAAGGUCAUAUUCAUGCCAGUAAGCCGCGGGACACGAUUGGUAACUUCCUCGGUCUGCAGGACCAGAAGACGCGCGCAGAGAAUAAAUUCAUGGAACGAACUGGCCUUUCAGAGGAUAUGAAUCCUAUGCACAAGGAUGGCGAGCCGACCUGUCAAACUGAGGAUCAUAGCUUCAUGGGACGUAAACCCGGUGGCUCGGAUACUUACCCUGGAUGGGAGACAACGAAGAGUUUCUUUGGCGCUGGGAAUCCGAACUAA